CCUUCACAAUCACUCAACUUUUAUUUCUCUCUGAUCCUCCAAACCACAAUACGAGAAAUCAUUUCUUUGCUUUCAAUUUAGCCUAUUCAUCAUAACAAUGGCGGGUAUUAAGUUGGUUAGCCUUCUUCUGCUUUGCAUGGUGGUAGCACCAAUGACUACCCAAGCCAUAACAUGCGGUCAAGUCGCCAGUUCUCUGGGUCCAUGCCUAAAAUACCUAAAGGGUGCAGCAGGACCGAUGCCACCAGCUGCAUGCUGCAAUGGAGUGAGGGGCAUCAACAGCGCUGCUAGAACUACACCUGACCGUCAAACAGCUUGCCAGUGCUUGAAAAAUGCUGCCGGUGGUAUUUCAGGGCUCAAGCCUGGCUUGGCUGAGUCUCUCCCUGGAAAAUGCAAGGUUAACAUUCCUUACAAGAUCAGCUUGUCCACCAACUGCAACAGCAUCAAGUGAAGUGGAGAAAUAUAGUAAAGCAAUUUUCAGGUCAAAGAGACAGAGAUAGAGAGGCUGUGAUAAGAAGAAUAAAAGGGGUGCUUUCUACCUACAAGUACCCAAUAGUCCAUAGCUGACAUUGAGAUGGGGGUUUCCACUUUAGCGAAACUUCUUCUCUAUUGUCGUUAAUGUCAUUUCUGCUUCUACUUCUUUCACUUGUCUUUGACUCCAUUGUACCUUGUAUUUGUAUGUCAUAAAACAUGUCCCUCUAUCUAUUUAUGGGUUUUUUAUUUUAUUUUA